AGAUGCUCUUUCCUAUGAUCGCCAAUACCAUAUUAGCAGAUCUUCUCUCAGAUCCUUCAUGUAGAAUGGCGAGCUCAUCAAUGAAUGUUGCAUAUUGGGCGACACAAUGCAGUCAGUUGAGAGUGCGCAAAUUGAUAUCUAUCGCUUAUAUGAAGCUGACCGGGAUAUUGUUGUGCCUCGUGGGUUUAAACUACUAUUAGUUGUUGCUAAUGUGAAGACGCUCACUCUAACUCAUCACUUUCUCAAGGAUCUUGCGGCUGGAGAUGAGCUCCUUAACACUCUUCCUAUGUUUUGUAAUAUGACCGACUUGUCAGUGGAGGGGUCAUUAGAUCUUAUGUCUUUCAGGAUCUUGUCAAUGAUACUAAGAUCUCCCCGUCUUAGAAAUCUCAGCUUUUGGGAGGAAUCUGACCAUUUUCCUCGGCAUGAAAGAGAUGGAUUGUUGGAUCCAGUGCCUUCUUGUUUCAAGACGGAGCUCAAACAGAUUGUUCUUAAAAUUGACCACACGAAUCGAGAAAGGCCACUCUUCUUGGACUUCGUGGGAAGAGCCUUUGCUCUUAGUGAUGGAUCUUCACUCAAGACAUUCUCUCUCUCGUGCGACAAUCUGGAAGAUGCUCCUCUUAUCAUAGAAUGGGUUUCUUUUGCAUUUAUGCACAACGUGCAGGUUCUCAAUUUAUACCUUGAGAAGCCUGGCUCUCCUUAUGACACUUACGUGUUGGAUUUCUUCAUCAGGAGUGAAUCCUUGAAAGAACUUAGCUUGGAUUUGCCUUGUGUUAUUGUCAUUCCUUCUUGGGUAUCUUUUCCGAACUUGAAGAAGUUGAGUGUCUCUGAAAUUAUAUUUGUGGAUUUUAACUCCAUAGAAAAGUUAUUCUCUUGUUCAUCACUUGAUUCGUUAUCUAUCUACCGGUGUAAAUGGAGGAACCUCAACAACAUAUGCAUUUCUGCCCCCAACCUUCAAUUCCUCGACAUUGAUGAAACAAUUAAUGAUGAUGAUAUCAACUUUUAUGAAGUCGGUUUUACAUUUCAAGAUGCACUUUCCUACGAUCGUCGGGUCUAUAUUAACAGAGCUUCUCUCAAAACCUUUAUGUACAAUGGCGAGCUCAUCAAUGAUUUUUGUAUAUUGGGUGACACGACAAAGUUAGUUGAGCGUGCGUAAAUUAAUAUAUGUCGCUUAUAUGAAGCUGCACAGGAUAUUAUUGUGCAUCGUGGGUUUAAACUACUCUCAGCUGUUGCUAAUGUAAAGGAGCUUAUUCUAACUGAUGACUUUCUCAAGGAUCUUGCGGCUGGGGAUGAGCUCUUCGACACCCUUCCUAUGUUUUGUAAUUUGUCUGACUUGUCCGUGGAGUGGUCAUUAGAUCCCGAUCUUUUCAAUGAUACCAAGAAGAUCUCCUCGUCUUAGAAGUCUCAGCUUUUCAGAGGAAUUAAAGAGAUGGAUUGUUGGAUUGUUGGAUCCGGUGCCUUCUUGUUUCAUGAUGGAGCUCAAACAGAUUUCUCUUCGAAUUGACAACACGGAUCGAGGUUUUGAAGACCAAUUAUUUGUUAUUGGACUUCUGCUCAAACCCGCAUGUGUUCUGGAAGAAUUGGAAGUCCGUUAUAUGCAAGACUUCGUGGAUGCCAGUUUUCUAGAGGACAGUUUAGGCAACCUUCCAGUUGGAUCAGAAGGUUGUCAAAUUUGGUUUAUAGACACAUGCUUUAAAUGAAAGGAUAUUUUUCAAACUUUGUUGGAAAUCUACGACUUGGUAUGUUUUGACAAAUAGAAGCUUAUACACCGGAGUAUAUAGAUAAGUAGUACCAUGGAUCUCCGGUCAUCUCCCAGCAGAGUUUUGCAAUUUCUUUUGAAUUUUGAGUGAUAUUUUCAGGCCUUCUUUUCAAGCCAAGCAGUGUUUGGAUU